AUGAGUGACUCAAAUUCGACUUUCAAAGACCUUGGUGUUGCGAAAUGGCUUGCUGAAGCGCUUAAUAGCAUGAAAAUUACGCAGCCUACAACAAUCCAGAAAGCGUGCAUACCUGAAAUAUUAGCUGGGCGUGACUGCAUAGGAGGCGCGAAGACUGGUUCCGGUAAGACCAUUGCAUUUGCCGCUCCGAUGCUUACGAAAUGGUCAGCUGACCCCUGUGGGAUGUUUGGAAUCGUGCUGACACCUACCCGGGAACUGGCGAUGCAGAUUGCAGAGCAGUUCACCGCGCUCGGCAGUGUCAUGAACAUCCGCGUUGCCUUGGUGGUAGGCGGCGAGGACAUUGUCUCCCAGGCGCUAGAACUGCAGAGAAAACCGCACUUUAUUAUUGCUACCCCCGGGCGUCUUGCGCACCAUAUUAUGCAUAGUGGAGAGGACACUAUUGGCGGCCUGAAGAGGGUCCGCUACCUCGUUCUAGAUGAGGCCGAUAUCCUGCUGACAGAUACGUUUAGCGAUGCACUAGCAACGUGCGUCCAAAUCCUACCGCCCAAGGAGAAGCGUCAAAACCUUUUGUUCACCGCGACGAUGACUGACCAGGUGUUGGCACUGAAAGAUGCGCCUCCAACGAGCGGCAAGCCGCCGCUCUUCUCAUUCCAUGUUGAAAACCUGGAUGAUCUUGCCGUGCCUGCUUCCCUGCAGACCACCUACUUACUGGUGCCAGAGCAUGUCAAAGAAGCAUACUUAUACCAGGUACUUUCUAGCGAGGAGUACAAGAGUAAGAGCGCUAUUGUGUUUGUCAACCGCACCAUUUCCGCAGAAAUUCUGCGGCGGAUGCUCAUGCAGCUGGAGAUUCGUGUCACAUCGCUGCAUUCCCAGAUGCCCCAGCGUGAGAGAACUAAUUCCCUCCAGAGAUUUAGAGCCAAUGCCGCCCGUGUCCUGAUUGCUACAGAUGUGGCCUCGAGAGGUUUGGAUAUUCCCGCUGUCCAGCUGGUAGUAAACUACGAUAUCCCUGCCAAUCCCGACACCUACAUUCAUCGCGCGGGUCGUACAGCCCGUGCUGGGCGUGGGGGUGAGGCGCUUUCUUUUAUCGCGCCGAAGGACGUAUCGAGGAUUCAAGCAAUUGAGGAACGGAUCGGUAAGAAGAUGGACGAGUUCACGAAGGUGGGAGACACAGCGUUGAUUCGUAAAUCGCUAAACAAGGUCACUGUCGCCAAGCGCGAGAGUCUAAUGGCCAUGGAUAAAGAAGGAUUUGGAGAGAGAAGGAAAACCCAGAGAAGCAAGGGCAAACAAACGAAAAGCCUACAUAGCUGA